AGCACUUCCUCACACUCACACACACCCUCUCGAAAUCGGCACGAGUUCUGGGCUUCUAAACUUGUGUCUUCUUCAAAAUGAUUCUGUUGGAGAUCAACAACCGCAUCGUGGAAGAGGUGCUGACGCUACGGUUUAAGAACGCUUCUAACGGAGGCAAAGCUGAAAAUGUGGACAUCACAAUAGCAGAUUUUGAUGGUGUCCUGUUUCAUAUAUCGAACCCUGAUGGCGAUAAAAACAAGAUUAGAGUUAGCAUUUCUCUGAAGUUUUACAGUGAUCUACAGAAACAUGGAGCCGAUGCUCUUAUACAAAGAGAAUAUGGAGACAGUUUAACACAAGCAGAAUCAGGAUACAGCGUAUCCUUACUCUAUGACCUUACCAACAUUCCAGCCAAAUUUGAAGACAUUGUGAAAAAGGCCGGCCUUCUUAAAAGAAAUUGUUUUGCAUCUGUGUUCGAAAAAUAUUUUGACUUUCAAGCGGAGGGAAAGGAUGGGCAGCAAAGAGCUGUAAUCCACUAUAGAGACGAUGAAACAAUGUAUGUGGAAGCUAAGAAAGACCGAGUGACAGUGAUUUUUAGCACAAUAUUUAGAGAUGAUGAUGACAUCAUUAUUGGAAAAGUCUUCAUGCAGGAAUUCAAGGAAGGGCGUAGGAAAUACCAGCAGGCCCCACAGGUGCUGUUCAGCCAUAAGGACCCUCCUCUAGAGCUGCAGAGUACAGACGCACGCACGGGAGAUAACAUAGGCUAUAUUACAUUUUGUUGUUUUCCCCGUCACACGAGCCCGAGCGCGAGAGACAACACAAUCAACCUGAUCCACACUCUGAGAGAUUACCUACAUUACCACAUCAAGUGUUCAAAGGCAUAUAUACACUCUCGGAUGCGAGCAAAGACGUCAGACUUCCUCAAAGUGUUGAAUAGAGCGAGACCAGAGGUGAAAAAUGCAGAGAAGAAGACAAUAACGGGUCGAACUUUCAAGAUGAAUUAGAAUAUAUCCCAUUUUUGCAAUCUUCACGCCUUGUACAUUUUACCAAAUUUCAUCCACCAAUCAGUGAAGAGAAGACAGAGGACAUCACAACUGCCCAAUCAGAAGACACCUUACAAAGAGACAUGGACCACAAAGACCUCAGGCCUUAGAACAUGCUACAAUGUACAUGUACUUUAUGACGAAAUAUAAAUGUCUUUUUUUUUUUCUUUUUUCAAACAUCUUGACUAGCUUCACUAAGUUUGGUUGCAAAUUUUGUUUUGGGGGGAAGAUUCUUGUGAAGAUAAUGAUGAUAUGAUGACAGUAUAUAUAAAGAUGUCACUGAGAGCAAAACACCUUUCAACAUGGAAUUACCCUUUUCCAAGCCUAGGUUGCUAUGGUAAUGGAUUCUGCCAGUUUGAUAAUGGGGUAAUUUUCUGGGUUUAUUCUGGCUCUGUUAAUUUCUAUAAUAAAUGUAUAUAUACACAUGAAUAUACUUUACCUUGCCCUUAAAAUAAUACCUUUUAUUAAUUAUGAUGCAAUUAGUGUGCUUAUUAUGAAUGCUUGGCAAGUGAACGUUGCUUUGCUGUCACAGUUCUUGUAUUAUUGUUUGAAUUAUAUGUGUUACUGGAUGUGUAUACUAAAAUGAUACUAUUAUAUUUUUAUUACUUAGUGUUUAGCUACCACAGUUCAAAAAGAAAUUUGUGUAUAUUUGUUUUAAUGAUAGAAGACACAUAGUAAGUAUGAAGGAACUUGGAUCACUCAUAGACUGUUCCAUUGAGGGAAGAAAUUGAUUUGGUACUUGGCCUCCUUUAGACUUUAGGCAAAGUCUUUAGCUUUAUGAAUGUGUGAAUUAUUUGGUCUCCACAAUCACAGCUAUUAGGAAAUUCAUCAUGUGUUGAUUUUCACUAUGAAGUAUUUCGUUUGCACUCUUCAACAGUGUUAUAUAGGAUGUAAAUUUACCCAGUAAGAUACGACAGCUGUACAGGCAGGUAUUUUAGCUACUGUUCUCUUCUUUUGCACAGGAUUUUUUUACUUUUUGUGAUGUAAACCUGGUCAACUUUAGUCUCAUUGUUUUGAAAGUUAAGUUGGUAUCAAAAAACUAAAAUGAAUGAAAAAUCAGGCGAUGUAUAGUAAGGUAACUCAAGGUUUAAGAGUUUAAUUUACCAUAAUUCGCCAGCCAAUUGGCAGAAGAAAGAACAAGUUUAUUAGUUAAACUAGUUGCUCAGUUUCUCCCUAGUAUGACGUAAAAAACACCAUGUUAAGAUGCAAAAAGUUUGGAACAUUUCCGUAGUUAUGGGAUUUUGUCUCACUCACGACAUACAAAUUUUGCCAAAUUUGAAACCUGGUUAUGUAUAUUUAAUGAGAGCUAUAAAAGCAUGUGUAGGUGAUAUUUGUUUUGCUUUGCAAAAUUGCAAAGAAACCUAUGCGAAAAGGUGUUCUUGAGUUAUGCCAUGUAGCAAGGUGCAUUUUUGAGAAAGUAGGGUUGUUGCCACAUGAAUAAAGCAACAGGUGUUUUACACAAUGUAGUUAUAAAUGGUGUUGCUAAAUAGCAAGACUCUUCAAAAAAAAAAAAUUUGAACUGCAGUUCUUGGUAGAUGUUAUUUAAUUUUGAAAGCAUUCGGAAUGUUUCUUGCAUGUGAAACAGUGACCGUGUUAAUAGCCUUGUUCAUCUGUGUCUAUACAGUUGCUUAUAGGCACAGCCUAUACCAAUUCGCAUGUUUCAGGUUGAAAUGUAACUGACUCCUCUCAAAGACUAAAAGAAAAGAAAAAAGUAACA